UUCCGGUGGAGCAGGACGGAAGUAGGUACGUGGCUGCUUCAGCUGACAUUCUGCACGAUGGCGACAGAGGUUCAGAGCGGCGACCUCAACAGUGCAAAUUCAAGCCGGCUCGAAGUUUCUAUCGACGGUUUGACUUUAAGCCCGGAUUCCGAAGGCGAGCAGGAGCAGGCCGAGACGCCCGAUGGCCAGUCGGCGGAGCAGAGCCACGAAAACCCUGAGCAGAGUGUCGAUGGGGAGGAGGGCGAACCUACCAGCAGCGCUAAUAUCGAGAGGAAAUGGGGCUUUGCUUUAGUCGAGCUCUACGGGCUGGCGCUCAGAUUCUUCAAAGAGAAAGACGGGAAAGCCUUCCACCCGACCUAUAAGGAUAAACUCCGUCUGGUAGCCCUCCACAAACAGGUGUUACAGGGCCCUUACAACCCAGAUGCUUCCCCUGAGGUGGGCUUCUUCGAUGUGCUGGGAAAUGACCGCAGGAAAGAAUGGGCCUCUUUGGGCAACAUGGAGAAGGAAGACUCCAUGCUGGAGUUUGUAAGGCUGCUGAAUAAAUGCUGCAAUUUAUUUGCACCUUUCGUUGCAUCACACAAGAUUGAAAAGGAGGAGCAAGAAAGAAAGAGGAGGGAGGAAGAGGAGCAGCGGCGCAGAGAGGAAGAGGAGUAUGAGCGAUUGCGGCAGGAGGAGGAGAGACGCAGACGUGAGGAAGAGGAAAGGCUGAGGAGAGAAGAAGAGGAGAGAAGACAAAUUGAGGAGGAGCGACUCCGUAUAGAGCAGCAGAAGCAGCAGAUCAUGGCUGCACUGAAUGCACAGACAGCGGUUCAGUUCCAGCAGUACGCAGCGCAGCAGUAUCCUGACAGUCCUGAACAGCAGCUCAUCCUCAUCCGGCAACUGCAGGAGCAGCAUUAUCAGCAGUACAUGCAGCAGCUUUAUCAGGUGCAGCUCGCUCAGCAGCAGGCCGCUUUGCAGAAGCAGCAGGAGGAUGCGAUAGUGUUGUCUACAUUAGAGGCCAGUGAGGUUUCAGCACCUUGUGGAGAAGAGGCUCCUACACUGAAUGGUCAGGCAGAGUCCACUACUGACAGCAUAGAGAGAGACCAGGACCUGGAGCCUGCAGACGAGGUCACUGAAAAUGGACCCACCGACUCUCCCCCUGUAAUAGCUGCCCCCUCCAUGUGGACCCGGCCACAGAUAAAAGACUUUAAAAUGAAGAUCCGGCAGGAUGUGGACUCUGUUAUCACGGUGGGACGGGGGGAAGUGGUGACUGUCCGGGUCCCAACACACGAGGAGGGCUCCUAUCUCUUCUGGGAGUUUGCCACCGACUAUUACGACAUUGGCUUUGGGGUCUUCUUUGAAUGGACUGACUCUACGAACGCUUCAGUCAGCGUGCAUGUCAGUGAGUCUAGUGACGAAGAAGAGGAGGAAGAAGGUGAGGGCCAGUCUGAGGAAGAGAAGGCCAAGAAGGAGUCUGGGAAACCACAGGUGGAUGAGAUCGUGCCGGUUUACCGGCGGGACUGUCAUGAAGAGGUGUACGCUGGGAGUCACCAGUAUCCCGGCCGUGGUAUAUACUUACUCAAGUUUGACAACUCCUACUCGCUCUGGAGGUCUAAAACCGUCUACUACAGAGUUUAUUACACCAGAUAAGCCUGGAGUCAAGACUGCGGGAAAGGGACAUGUGUGUGUGUGUCUGUGUGUGUGUGUGUGGAUGUUAAGAGGAAGUUGAAAAGAUCAAAAUAAGGAUAUUUACAAGAAGUCCACUACUGGGGGAGGGAAAAAGAGAUUUAAAAUGAUUGCUUGUAUGUGUGUGUGUGCAAACUUUAUGAGUGCGUCUGUCAUGCUGUUUGAGUCCAGGAGGAUUGAGCCUCUGUUUUGCACUCUAAAAGAUUUUGUGCUUGAUAUCACUGUCCUUAAACUCAGCGUGACUAACUUCAUCUUCUAAUUUCAUCCAAAGAGGUGCAGGACAAUUGCGUCUAUCCUGGCUAAAGCAACCUAUGAUUAGACAACAGGCAACGGAGUAAACACUAACACUCCUUUCUCCUGGAGGACUCAUUUAGGUCAACGCUGAGUAAUUCAGCCAAUGGCGUGCUUCUGUACAUGUUUCUCCUCCCAAUCAGGUGAGAUCAAACAAACGGACCGGACUUUUCUAACGAAGGAUCUGGAGGCCUUUAACGAAUGGAGAUUUUCUUUUUUCUUUUCUUCCUAAACCAGAUGGAUUGUGUCUAAAACAUUUAAUAUUUAUUAAUCUCUGUGCUAGAGUAGGGUCAUGUAUGUGUCUGUCAGUCUUCUAACAUUUAUCUCAUCUCUUCAUCGUUCGCUUCUAUGCUUCCACAGACUCCCUCACUUUUAUUUUUUUCGUAUUUCGUUUGUCGUCAAUGCGAGAUUUGUCGGUAUUGACUUUUAACCCGCACAGCUAAUAGUUUGAGAUAUCCUUGCCUUUCAGUUCCGUCGUUUCUUUGCUUCAUGCAUGCAGUUACAAACAGCCAUGAAAGAACUUGCGUUUCUAUUUCUCACACUUGGUUCUUCACGACAGUAACCAUAAUCUCUCAUCGUCCAUUAUAUUAAUAAAGAAGUGUUUGUAUAGCCGAUUGAUACUAACUAUCAAAAAGUUAUUUACGUUUGCUGAUUAACAUGUUCUGUUAUUUAUUGGACUGUUCAGUGCAUUGAAGAAUAUAACUGAGAAUUUUGCCGACUGUAUUUUUAGUUUGUUUUUCGUUUGCUUCGGAGAUAUCUGCUAAGCCACUCUGGAUUUGUCACUGGCUGUGUCGUCGAGUGAAAUGUGUCGCGUUUAUGAUUGUACGUCAAAGACUGCUAUCCGACUGUGAUCAAACGUCGUCCGUGUAUAUACAGAUGCUGUUACACUGUGUUCACUUGAUGAAUAAAGAAAGCAGUGCGUUUGGGAGUGUUCAGAGCUGUGAUGAUGAUGAUGAGUGUUCAUGUAGAAACCGUCAUGCUAAAGCUGUCCAAAGACUACAUUCAUGUCACAUGUACAGUCGAUUGGUUACAGAAGUUCCUGUGUUGUAUGUUUGCUUUGUUUUUCAUAUUUUGUAAUGCUGAUUUCAGGCCUUUGUAUAGUAAUAUGUAACGUCAGGCGGACAGCUUUUUGAGGAAAAAUGCAAGAAGCUGUUGGAUGGUUCAUCUGAAAAAUUGUCUUCAUAUUUAAAGUGGAAAAGCCAGUGAUUUUUGUCCGAGCGUAAAGGCAUGAAGAAGUGUUUUUGUAUUGGUUUCGCUAGUGUGAUCUGAUGUGUAUGCAUUCGAGGGUGAGUGUCCUGAAGCGUAUAUUUGAUUAAACUUGCGAUCCUCUCUGUA